UCUGUGUCGAUUGGCCAAAAAAACGCAGGCUCGGGAACUAUCGCGAGAGUUUCUAUUGCGCAUUGCGAUUGCGCUUAACGGAAGUCUCCAAAAUUAGAAAACAACGACCGUGUAAAUAUACCGAAAGUAGAACAAGCAGUCAGCCACUGGCCUUUGCUGGUCAGACAACUCAAACAGAUGAAGAAUGAUGACCUGUGGUCUGGUCCUCUUCAUCCUCUUGCACCAUGUGGGUGUGUGUAUUUCAUUCCCAGACCUGAACCUCCCAGAGCUUCAUGUGCCGUUCUUUUUCAACAAUAACCCAGAUGUAAAAGCUGCAUGUGAAAAGGAUGUGUCUUGCCCCUACAAGGCUGCCAUGGACUCACCUGCAUGCUGGGGUUAUGAGACUGCGUGCAGCACGAAGAAUCGACUGAGCAACCCUGACUGCUCGGGAGACAGUAAGUCCUGGGCACAAAGAAAACAGGAGCAGUUGGAUAAGUUCUGGCGAAGAGCUGAUUUUGGCUUAGUUUCUGAACACCGCAGUGAGAUGAAAGUUCUGUGCAAGCCGAACAGCGAGCUGGACUCAAGUUUGGAAUGUGCCAAGUACCUACGCUACUGCAAAGCAAAGAAUAUCUUUUUUGACUUCUCGUCUGCCAACAUAGUUAAAGGCCCAGAGAGGAAUCGCUAUCGGGAGGAUGUUCUGAAAGAGGGACAAGUUGGAGGUCAUUGUACCCUUGAUGUCAAAGCUCUCAAAGCAGAAGGGGAACAUAAAAGUCCUCUACAGUCUUGGUUUGCAGAACUAGAACAUUACACCUCUCUUCCCUUCCAGCCGUCAGAUGCCAGCAACUGUGAUAUAGUGUUUGAUAAACCUACCUACCUCAUCAAAUUAGAUGCCGGAAUCAAUAUGUAUCAUCAUUUCUGUGACUUUGUCAACUUGUAUGCUUCUCAACACAUCAACAACUCCUUCAGCACAGAUGUCAACAUUAUCAUGUGGGACACGAGUCCAAUGCCAUAUGGAGACUUCUUUAGUCUGACGUGGAAAGCAUUCUCAGAUUAUCCUGUCAUUCCGUUAAAAGAUCUGGAUGGGAAAAAGGUCUGCUUCAAAGAGGCUGUGUUUCCACUUCUUGCCAGGAUGAGGUUCGGCCUCUAUUACAACAUGCCGCUGAUGCCUGGUUGUUACGGCAGCAGUCUCAUACAAGCCUUCUCCCAGCACAUCCUGCACAGGCUAGACGUGCCUCAGGAAGGACCACUGGAAAACAGGAUUCGCAUUACUCUGCUGAACAGAAACUCAAAGUACAGGAAUAUCUUGAACCGGGAAGAGCUUGCUUCAGCUUUGAAAACAGAUGGGGAAUUUGAAGUCACUGUCGUGGAGUAUAACAGGCAAAUGCCGUUUUAUGACCAAUUAGUGGUCUCUCACAAUUCCGACAUCCUCAUCGGCAUGCAUGGCGCAGGGCUGACCCAUAUGUUGUUCCAGCCAGACUGGGCUGUUGUCAUGGAGCUCUACAACUGUGAGGAUGCCGGCUGCUACUUUGAUCUGGCCAGGCUGCGUGGGAUCCGCUACAUGACGUGGGAGAGAAAGGACAAGCUGGUACAGGAGGAUGAGGGUCAUCAUCCAACAUUGGGUGCCCAUGCCAAGUUCACGAACUACUCAUUCGACCUUUCUGAGUUCAUGCGGCUCAUCUAUCAAGCAGCCAAGCAUGUUCGGAACCACCCAGCUUUUCUGAAGGCCAGGAGAGAUCGGUACCCGCCCUCGACUGACUCAGUCAGUGACACUGAAAACCCCAAGGUUGAACUCUGACCGAUAUAUAUGCUUAGCACUUUUACCAAGUGUCUUUUUGACUGGGCUGAUGCAAGCAUGUUCACCUUUUUAUUGUUUUUUCAUGACAUUAGGUCUAUUAUGAGUUUCAGAAUUUACAUGUGUAGAUAAUUAUAAAUCAAAUGAAAAUUUUUCAUAAAUGUAUCAGUAUCAGAUAGGGACUGCUAACAAGCGUUACUGCAUGCUUAAAAGCAGCCUUUAGGCAUUUUCCUAAGGACUGUCUACCUCCUGCCAUUAGUUGUGUUGAUAUAAAUGUGUGAUGUUAUGGCCUCAGUGCAUAUAUUUUGUUCGUUCUGAAAAUUUACUUUUGGGAGUCUGUUGUUAGCUCAGUUGGCAACUUAUUUGACUCUCUGUGCUGAGGACUUAAAGACUUGUUUUGUUUUCAGAACGAGGCAGCUGAUACUGUUAAAGCUAAUGACUUUAAAAUCUUCUGUCCUCAUUUGUUUACUGAUGUAAUUGGGUAAAGACAGGUGCUCACAUAGUCUGAUGGACGUUUGCAAUUUUUUAAAGGGAGCAACACCUGUCUGUGGUAAUAAUGUUUUUUUCAUUUUUGGACCAUAAAAUGGUAACAUUUUGUUUGCAUCUUGUUGCCCUGUAGGGAUACUACCCAUUUAUUUAAUGGGCAAAGGCUGGUGCUUUCAUUUCAAAGUUUAUGUAUGUGAUUUUUUAAAAACAUAUUGCUGCCUCAUUAAAAUAAUGAACUCAAGUUUUAUAAGACCAACUUGUGAGUAGACAGUAAGUUAAUGUAGCAGCUGUUUUACUGGUAAACUCAAUGUGUUCUCCCAGAGCUCUGGGUUUUUCAUUUUUCAUGAAUGUUGAAUAAUUCAAGACAGAAAUCCAAUUGACACUGGUUGAUAUUACAGUUUUGUAAGGAAACGGAUAUGUCAUUAUGUCGUAUCCUACUGUUGUUUUGCUUGUUUGCUUUUUUUUUAAACUUAAGAAUACUUUGAGAAAUCCGCUUUCCCAACUUUUCGAUCUCAUACUGUCUUGCGAUACAAGAAUUUAAUUUAUCUUCAGCUGUUUCAGCAAACGUGUGCCGGGGGGGGGGGGGGGGGGGGGGGGGGUUGACGCUUCGGUUGAUCCAACUUUUUUUUCAUCUUGAUAAAUUUUGGGGCAAACACUUGAAUUUUCUGUGCCACUCUGAACUGGUUCAGUGGUUUAUCUGCAAUCAUAUACUGUGUUCUUUGAUUCUUUUAAUCUUCUAUAAUAAUCUCAUACAGUUGUCCAAAAUUCUUUUAAUCCUCACAAAACCUGUUUCAGCAGUUUGGGAUCUUAAUUAUUAGGAGGUGAGAUUCAUGGCUGUAGCCGUGAACCUGUGGCACCGAUGUACCUGCUUUGUUCUGGAACCCAACACACUGGAAAGUUAAUGGUGUGCUUGUACAUGUACUGUGAUCUUCUGUUUUGGAGAAUAAGGAGUUUGCUCAGGUUUUACAACUUACCCUUAUUUGUUUGCUCAAUGACUUCCAAGGGUGUUUCUUUUUUCAACCGAGUUGUGAUGGCAAGUGAAAGAUAAAUCUGAAUGUUUAUUAUUGAUGUUGUUAAAGGCUUGAGAGUGUUGAAGUUGUCUCGAUGUUUAUGUUUUUCUCUUCUCAAGCAAAGAGUGAAUUUUAAGACAGACAAUGUUUUUAGAUAAAGGAAGAAUGUUGUCUAGGUCCUGGUCUCAGAGUGAAAUAGAAAAUGGUCAAAUGAACAAAGCUGUUGUGAUUGUAGGUUUUCCAAGCUACUUAUUUGAGAGAUUGGAUUCUAUAAAAAUAACCAAGUAAUAUGUCCUUAGCGUAAGGUUUUCUAGUAAACUGUUCAGCAGUGCUAGUUAAGUUCCCUAUCUUCAUUUGAAUAACUGGCCUUUAGCAACAUGUUUUUCUGGUUAAUGUUGCAUCUUUUGUGCGAGUUGACAAAGCAUUUUAUGAGCUUCAGCCAGUUACCUCCCAUCAUUUCUUAUUGUGGACAGUGAUGAAAAAAAAAUUGUAGACAUUUUUGUUAUUGAGUCUUAAAUGGAUUUUUUUUUUUUUUACUUUUGCUUUUUGACUUUUUUGUCUUAGUUACUUUUUUGUAAAAUUUAAUGUUUUUAUGGUGCCGAUGAAAUAAGAGCCCUUUGAUUAAAUGUCUCUCACAUUUUUCUGAUUGCAAUAGAUGAAAGUUUUCUUUCCUUUUUUCACACCUGUCAGUGUUGUGAAUACUGGCACUGUACUUGUGUAUUUGAAGUCUUAAUUGCAUCUUUAUGUUGUAGAUUUAGAUUUGAAUUAGAUUUUGGUGACAGGGAUAAAAGUUUUUAUAUAUUACCUUUGUAGUUACUGUUUGUUAUAGUACUUUGUAUUCUGUCAUUUUCUGUCAGGGGCGGAAGAUUAUGAACAGUUGAUUAUUCCCUAAUUGUUGUAUUGUUCCAUAUGUGGUACACUGAUGUUAGAUUUCAGGAUGAAACUAUUGUGACGGCAGCAUCACUUGAAGGUACAUUCCGCAACCUACUUGUAGCUUAUGUGUAUAAACAGCUCGGCGUUAUUCACCAGUUAAACAAUAAUGAAGUGUGUUCAAAGUAAAGGAAUGUCUGAGCCCUGCAGAGACAGGGGUAAAAGCUUUGUGCAGAGACUUUUGUAUUGUGUUCCGUUUAAGGAUGGGUUUUUUAAAUUUUUUUUUAGAUUUCUGAGUCUCUUUUAUGCAGAAAAAAAAAACUUAAGGCUUCUGAGGUCAUAGUUUUAUUCAGUAAGUUCAGAUGUAUUGUGUUCUGCUCCUUAUUUAAAGGCUCAAGAUUGUUUUUUUCUCUUCAAGCCAUGCAUUUCCUUGAUGCCGGCAAAUGUAGAAUUUUUCAUUGUGAAGCCACAUAAUUUAUGGCACAACUGUAGGCUCCUUGAUGUAAGUGUAAGACAUAGAAUCUAAUUUGUGAAAAAGGGAAAGACUUGAACCUGUUCAUGCUAUGUGAACUUCAUGGGACAAUCACAAGAACUCUUUGCCAUAGUCUCAUUUUAUUUUGUGACAAUCAAAUAACCAACCGUAGUGGGCAGUUAUUAAGAAGGUUUUUUUGCCUGUCAGUUCAGUAUUCUGCAAUGGAUCAUGCCAUUUUACUUGCUACAAUUGUGAUUUUUAUGUAAGGCUUACUUGCUCGCUUGGUUUAAAAGUGUUGUCAGGGGCUGUUUUAUUUUAAACUCACUAAAGAUGCAUUUAACUGUGCUUUCUUUGGUUUUGUUUCUCCUCUUGAUUUAUACUCUCUGGUGGGAACAUGUUACAUAGAACAGACUUUUUAUUCAAUUAUAUUUCUCAUUGAAUUAAGAUAUUUGCUAUUGGCACUCCCCAUAACUUUGACUUACAAAAAUUCCAUAAUCGAUAUGUCUGGAAGCCUAACCACUGCCACACAUUCUCAAUGCAUUUUCAACCGUGAACAAACACUGAAAUUUGGGUUUAGGAGGCUGAGAUGGUCAUUAUGGGUCAAAUAAAUAUACACUACAUCAAUAUACUGAAUUGUGUAAAGAUUGCCAAAUUAUGGUCCUUGAAAUCACUCACAGUCAAGGCUGCUACUGUGGAUCCUCUUCCGAAUCACGGAGACACAAAAGGUGGCCCUUACCAGCUGUUUGUUGAGCUAAUGUCUCAUUUUGGCUGCAUUUCACAAUGCAGGUGUGAAAAUUAUUAAAUUACAAAGUAAGUCCUUUGUUCUAGGUUUUCACAACUUUUAUUGGGAUACAAAGCUGUUUUGAAUUUUUAAAGGUAUUUUAUGCUCAUCGUAAAAAAAAAAAUACAAAA